UUUCAUUGUAAUUUUUUGUGUCUGGACUGACACCAUACAAGAAAAUUAAUUUCUUCCCUUAAAUUUGUUAUUUGGCAACGGUAUCAAUAUAUAACAAAAGUUUUUCGUAGAUAGGAUACAUCAAUCAAAAAGACAGAGUCAUUUUCAACUUUAAACAUUUUAUUUAGCUCGAUAUAGUGUGGAUUCGCAGAACAUUUUUUCAAUAUGGUGAUAAAUUUACGAGUGAAAACAUUGGAUUCACAGGAUCAUGAAUUCUCGGUUGAAGAUGACAUUACUGUUAGACAACUCAAAGAGCGUAUUCAUGAAAAGACCAAUGUGGAAAUUGAUCUGCAACGGCUUAUUUAUUGUGGACGAGUCAUGAACGAUGAUCAUCCAUUAAGCGAUUACAAUGUUAAUGGAAAGGUUAUACAUUUGGUUCAGCGUCCACCACCUGGUACAACGCGAGCCAGCAGCAGUAGUAAUACAGAAUCCGCUUCAACUGAUCGUCAUCGUAAUACUGACGGUGGCCGAAAUAAUGUGCCAUUCAUCCAUGUUUUGGAUGGUACCGUCCUGGGCGCAAUGGCAAUUCCCAUGAAUACAAAUAGUGGUACCACACAAUCAAUUACACAUUCAAUGAAUCCAUCAUCAACAUUGUGCAUGAACAGAAUCACUGUGGCUCGACACAUGUUGAAUUGUGUUAACAAUAUAGCCAAUUACCUGGAAAAUCCUGAACGGGGUUUAAAUAAUACUGACAUGGACAUUUUGGCCCAACAAACAAUGGAAUCGACAGUAUUUGAAGUUGGCAUAUCAGCCGUAAGCGAUCCUGAUGUGCCGCAACAAGAUGUUCAAAAUGUUGUUCAACUAUUCCAAGGAGCUGUUUCAGCUGCCUUCCAACAGAAUGGUUUGCCAAAUAUAACAGUUGACUCUGUUAACGGAACCACGCAGGCAACAAUUCCGUUAGUUUUCGGCGCAACUGCAGCGCCUGCUAUUGAAAUGAAUGCAGCAACACUGGGUAAUCCAACAGUCCGUGUUAUUGGCGUUAGUCAAAAUCCGAAUGGCACAAAUUCCCAAUCAGCAUCGUCGAGUAGUACAUCGUCCAAUUCAACAACGAGCUCCUCAAGUUCGACUUCCACCAAUCAAACUCGAUCAUCUGAUCAAAACACGAGUGAUUCAAGCGAUGAGGCUUCUUCAAAUUCGCAACAAACAACUAGCCCACAAACAUUAGCUGAAGUUGUUCAACAGAUGCGUACAGUUCAAACGCGCCUUGAACCAUUUAUACAACAGUACUACGAUAUUUUACAAAAUGAACCGACGUUUGAAGAAAAUGAUACAAGCGCACGCGAAAGUGCACAGCGUAUCUUUGAUCGUGUUUCUGAAGCUCUUCAUUACUUUUCGCAUGCUCAACAUGCCAUCAGUGAUUUGAUGUUAGAUUUAUCAUCAAAUACACCAAGACAUCUAUGUUGUCGCCCAAUAUUGGUCGAACAAUCUGCUUUUGUUAGCUCUGGUUUCGCCAUACCGAGCAUGAUUCAUCAUAUACCACGCCGAACUGAUGCAAAUGGAAACAAUAACACAAAUAACAACAACAAUAAUAAUACUAAUAAUAACAACAAUAACAACGCUACGGCCAACAAUAAUGCUUCGCAAAAUACAAAUGAUGGGGCUGCUGUAACCGAAUCAACUGCAACACGUCGAACCAACGUAUCCAGCGAUACCAUUUCGCAAUCAUUGCGCUCAGCUGCAACUCAAUUUCCAGUGGCACGUUUGAUUCAAGCCGUUAUGGAUUCGGUGCCUGCAAAUGCAGAUGUUCAUGUUGAAAUCAAUCAAAAUACACCCGUUGGAUUUGAAUCACAGAUUGAGAUUCAACCACAACAACAACAGUCAGCAAAUUCAACAAGUUCAACAACGACAAACACCAAUUCCGAAACAGAAGGCAGCCAAUUCAGAGUAACAACAGCUACGCAUCCAACAACCUCAACUCAAACACGGUCUACUGCACGACCACAUGCCACCACUGGUAUACCAGUUGGUCAAAUUCGAAAUUUGCGACCAGCAAUGCAACUCUCGUCAUUCGACCGUUACUUACCGUGCAAUAGUCAUCAUAUUCACGAGCCAGAAAAUCAGCAGCAACAACAACAGCAACAACAACGACAAUCCCAGCAACAGUCGCAACAACAACCACAACCACGCGCCAAUCGUAUAAACAUUCAACGCACACCACAAGUUCAUAUUCAACGUUCUGUUCCGAAUUCGGUUCGAUUUGCAAAUUUCCUUAGCAAUCACCUACAAAACCAAUUGCAACAACGAUCGACUGCAGCACCAGCAGCUGUGUCUAGUGCACCCACAACGCCUCUACAAACAUCGGCACCAUCAAAUGCAUCAUUGUCAUCAAAUAGUUUGAACGAUUCCCAAUUGAAUACAGUCAUCCCAAUAUUUGGUUCGAAUGAAAUUCAAUUGCAGAUCCGCGAUUUGGUCAAUGUAUCACCCACCCCAACAACAUUGAAUCGCAUUCGAAGUGAACUGCGUGAAUUUUUGAUGGUGAAACUAUCGUUAAACUCAAGUCCGAGCGAAGAAAAUGUUGCACUGGCGGUAAACCAUGUGAUUUCACUUUUGAAUCAAUUCUUUUUGAUGUUGCCGGAAUUGAGCAUUCCCGACUAUGAUGCAAGAGCUUCAAUUGAAAAUUUAAUGCGUCGAACAUUGCCAGUUAUGAUCCGUUUAAUUCGAGAUGAUGAAUCAGUUGAGUUUGGUACUCAGAUGCUGCAUGAAAUUUCCGAAUUUUCGAAAAAAUUCAUUGUAAUUUUGUUGCAUUCAAUUGGCCGCCCCAGUGCUCAAGACUAUCUGAAAAAUGUGGUCGAAGCCAUCUUCACAAGUAUAUUUGCAAGCGCUGCAAAUGAAGAUACGUCACGGGUCGCCUUGCAGUGGUUACGGCGCCAUAUAAAUGAUGAAAUUUUACGCCGAUUCCAAGAUAUUCGAUUGGAUUCAAUAGAUGUGAUUGAGUUUUUGGUCAUUCGUCGACCGCCACCACCGACGCCAACAGAUCAACGUCCAGGCGAUUUAAUGGAAACAGAUGCCGAUGAUGAAACAAACAACGAAACAAUGAACGCCGAAGCAAAUGAACCAGCCGAAGAUGUCGAACCAUUGCCCACAAUUACAUUCGGUUCAGAAAGUUGGCACAGUAAUUUUCCAGCUCCUUGGUUACCAAUCAUUACACGUGAUAUAUCACGUCAACGACGGCAGAGCCCACAAAGACCAUUCAGUGAUGCAUAUCUUUCGGGAAUGUCAUCAAAACGUCGCAAAUUAAUAAACAACUCAAAACCAGCAGCAGCUGAGCCAAAUAACAUUUUGCCUCAAUCAGUGCGUCACGUGUUGCAAUCACGCAUAUCACAUGGUUCGAGCGGUGCAUCUACAUCAUCGGCAUCCGUUGCAAGUACAGCAGCUUCAAUAGACGAUGCUAUUUCCACAAAUCAACACAUUAACGAGCCAUACGGAUCAUACGAAACGGCCAUUUUAAGUCAUGUUCAAAAUCGAAUUCGAACCGACACCAAUUUCACGCCCGAACGUUUUCCAAACUGUUCCAAAUGGAUUAAUAAAAAUAAAUAGGAAUAAUAUAAUGUCUGAUUUAAGUCCGCUGACAAGAAUAAUCCACUUCAAUAAUGAAACUGACAACAUUAGAUGACAAAUCUCACAACUAUUACCAAAUACUAUUAAAACGAUGAAAAUUAACAAAAAAACAAAAAAAAAAAAAAAAAAAAAAAAAA